UAGGCGGAGUACAUGUAGAUAGUGUCAAUAGAUAGUGCAACAUAUGUUGACACGUCUGAUCGAGAUAAAAACAUGACUGUGAUUCGUAACGCAAAGAUUAACGUUUAUCAAACUUCUGUUGAGGUGCACAAAUAUCGUGCUUGGUUUUGAUGACAUACAUGGACCAAUUACAAUAAAGAUGGUUCUUGGCAGCCAGUCUACAGAGUCCGGCCAUAGAUAUAUAGCAAAAAUAUGCGGUUUCUUCGCGCCUGCUUUCUUUCCUCCUCUUCAUAUUGGCAUCCUGUAUUAUUUCUGGAACCAGUACGCCCGAAAAGUUGACAGACAUUUCUGUUCCUGCUCUUGCUGGGAUACAGUAUUUAAAGGUACGUACGAGUCGGGCAUUGCCUCGUACAAGCACAUGUACUUCAACGCAACGUCCAACACGCUCAAGAUGUGGGUGGUGACGGUGGUGUUCGUGCUGGGGCUGUACGAGUGCGUGCGCUACCUGGCGCUGCUGGCCCUGCAGCACCGGCUGCGUGCCUCAAUGCUGGUGCUCUUCCUGUCCUCCAUCUUUGCGCACUACUACGCGUGGUGGGCAUACAUAAACUACUGGAACGACGAGUUCUACUCACAGUGGAACCACCAGCUGUUCUUUACCGUCACGGAGCUGGCCUCGACCGCCCUCGUGUUGCGCAUGGCGGAUGCCAGCUUCUCUGUGACGCCCCGAGCAGCUUUCGGAGUGGCGGCAAUCGCGACCCUGCAUCUCGUUACCGGUGCACGUGACCAGUUUGUCGAUAAUCUCGUGCGAGGUGCGGGUCACACUCACCAGGUGGUCCGUGACUUGGGUCUCAUGGUGCCGGACGUGUUGCACCUGGUGCUACCGUUGGUGGAACUGGCACGCAGCAAGCACCGCGCGUCGGCCAGUUUCGGCAGCCAGCUACGCCGCGAAAUGACGGGCCUCGUCCUGCUUGUCGUGGGCGGAUUCAUCGUUUGUGAGCAGCUGUAGUGUGGCUCUGGGUCGGGGUUUGCCUGACCCCACACUGCAGAU